UAAUUCACUCCGGCUGGGGACUUCAAGCUUUUACAAUCCUAUGUUGUGGAGUCUAAAGAUACGUUAACGAAGUGUUCUCUCGAGCUGUCCCUUCUGGAGAAGACAUAUCGAAGGUCUGAGCUGUAUCUCAGAGUGGAGACAAAAAAUGGCCCUUUUGUCGACUGGCCAGAGGGUGUGGUUGUCUCACAAGGGGCAGCUGCUCCCGGCAGCCGUCUCCAACACAACGGCCAGUAACGUGUCAUUCACGACAGAGUAUGGUGAUAUUAAGGACGUCACGUACGCCCGUAGUGACCUGAACUCUGACCUUGUCAUGGCGAUGCAUCAGACGAGCGUGGAUACGAUUGCUGACAUGGCAGGUUUGGGAGACCUACACGAAGGAGCAAUCCUCUACAACAUCAUGCAGCGAUACCUCCAGGACAAGAUCUAUACGUACAUCGGAUCCAUCCUGGUCGCUGUGAACCCAUACAAGCGCAUCCCGGGUAUCUACGGGGAGGAGAUGAUUGAACAGUACAUGGACAAGCAGCUGGGGGAGCUGCCCCCCUCCGUGUACGCCAUAUCCAAUGAGCUGUACGUGUCCAUGUGGAGGAUGAGGCACAACCAGUGUGUGCUCAUCAGUGGUGAGAGUGGCGCUGGUAAGACGGAGACUACAAAGUUCAUGCUGAGCUAUCUGUCCACCAUGAGUCAGAGGAAGCAAGGAGCGGGCAGUUCACAGAAUGUCGAGUCAGCUAUUCUGGAGAGCAGUCCGAUUCUUGAGGCCUUUGGAAAUGCCAAGACAGUGUAUAACAACAACUCGAGUCGCUUUGGCAAGUUCAUCCGGCUCAACUUCUCUGAGGCGGGUAACAUCGAGGGAGGCAAGAUCAUCGACUACCUGCUAGAGAAGAACCGAGUGGUGAGACAGAACCCUCAAGAGAGGAACUACCACAUCUUCUACGCCCUCCUAGCCGGGACCACCGCCGCUGAGAAACAGAAGCUGCAGCUGGGAGAGCCUGAGAGCUUCCACUACCUGAGUCAGAGCGGGUGUAUCAGUGAUCCCACCAUCAACGACCAAGAGGACUUCGCCAGUGUGCGUAAUGCGUUCUCAGUCAUGGACCUUGUGACGGAGCAGAUUAUGGAGAUCAUGAGCAUCCUCUCUGCCAUACUGCACCUCGGGAACAUCUCCUUUGUCUCUGCUGCAGGUGCUCAGAUUGGUAACCAAGAGUCUCUGGACACGGUGGCUGCUCUUCUCUCUCUGGACACGUACAGAAUGGGAGAUGCUCUCACUAAGAAGUUCAUGGUCCUACGCGGGGAGGAGAUCACCACUCCACUCACCAAGGAACAGGCUGCUGACUCUCGUGACUCCACUGCCAUGCGUAUCUAUGCCAACCUCUUCCGCUGGAUCCUGGAGAAAAUCAACACUCGUAUCAAGGGUGGGGAGGACAAGUUUGCUUUCAUUGGAGUUCUCGAUAUCUUCGGCUUUGAGAACUUUACGGUGAACAGGUUUGAGCAGUUUUGCAUCAACUUUGCCAACGAGAAACUUCAAGAGUUCUUCAACAAACACAUCUUUUCACUGGAACAGCACGAGUACAGCAAGGAGGGGAUAGACUGGGCGGACAUUGAGUGGGUGGACAAUGCAGAGUGUCUCAACCUCAUCGAGAAGAAACUGGGAGUGCUAGACUUGCUGGACGAGGAGAGCAGGUUCCCCAAAGGUACUGACCAGAGUCUGCUUACAAAACUCCAUGGCAGUCUGCAUCAGAACGCCUUCUAUAUCAAGCCGAAGGUGAACAAUGGGAAGUUUGGAAUCAAGCACUAUGCUGGAGAUGUCUUUUACGAUGUGAGCGGGCUUCUUGAAAAGAACAGAGACACCUUCAGAAAUGAUGUCCUCAAAGUGCUUAAAGACAGCCGAUCUGACUUUGUCUAUGAUAUCUUUGAGCACAUGACCAUUGACGAGGGCGGAAGUGGUGGCGGCGGCGCCAUGAUGGGGAGAAAGCCCACUGCUCUGGGUAAGAGAGGAGGAAAGAGAAAGAAGGCCACUGUCAGCUCACAGUUCAAGGACUCCCUCCACUCACUCAUGGCUACCCUGGGAUUGGCCAACCCUCACUUUGUGCGCUGCAUCAAACCCAACGUGCAAAAGAAACAGGACCUGUUUGAACAUCAGGUGGUCCUCAACCAGCUCAAGUACUCAGGUAUGAUGGAGACCGUUCGUAUCCGUCGCUCGGGUUACCCGGUAAGAAGGCCGUUUGAAGACUUCAUGUUCCGCUAUGGCGUAUUGGGAAGGAUGCUAGCACCCACAAUGGGAGAAAAGGAGAAAUGUUGCGCCAUUGCCAAGCAGUUUGAUGAUUCACCGGCAGGCAAGGACUGGCAGAUGGGCAAGACAAAGAUGUUUUAUCGUGAGAACUUGGAGCGUACUUUGGAGAGACAGAGAGACCUGGAGCUGAGGGCAGUCUGCAGGUUCAUCUAUCGUGUCAUUCUCACCGUCGUUGCUAGGAGACGCUUCCUCCGUGCCAAGGCCAGGAUCGUACAGGUUCAGAAACUAGUCAAGGCCUUCAUCUAUCGAAGACGGUUCCUGAAAAUCAGAAAAGCUGCUAUUUGCAUGCAAAAGCAUGAGCGUGCACGACAAGCCCGCCGGCUGUUUGCUCAACUUAGGGAGCAGAAAAGAAUCGAAGAGGAACGACGUCGUGAGGAGGAGAGGAGACGUGAGGAAGAGAGACGUUUAGAGCUGGAGCGGUUGGACAGAGAGAAGAAGGAGGCAGAGGCUACUGAGAUGAGGAGAAAGCUUGAAGAGGAAAGCAAGCAACGGAAGCUGCAGGAGGAAGCUCGUCUGAAGGCUGAAGAAGUGGAGAGACAAGCUGCUAUACAAAAGAUUCGAGAACUGGAAGCGGAACAUCGUCGCCUGGAGGAGGAGCGCAAACGUCUAGAGGAAGAAGCCAAACUAGCGGCAGAGGCUGAGGCUGCAAGACUAGUCGAGGAGAAAGAGAGAGCAGAGAAAGAAAAUAACGAAGAAAAGAUGCAGCGAGAGGCACAGGAGGCAUUCGGUAUCAUUGGCGAUCUUGACAAUGCCCUCAAGGCUUUCCAGGGAGCACUCGGACUAUCUGAUACGGACGUGGAGAGCGACACUGAAGAUGAUGAGUACGAGAGUGAGGCUGAGACAGCAGAGCUCCUCCUGGAAGACACCACCCACUACACACCUAGUCGACGGUCGAGAGAGCUAGCCCGUCAUUCGAGGGGAGAGGACGAAGAUGAAAUAUUUGAUCCUCACUCGGCUAAGUUCAGGGCAGAGGGUCAGCUGAUGAGCUACGAGGAUGACCCAACAUUUGAGGGCUAUCUUACUGUCAAGGGCUCCAAGAGGCUGGGCACUAAGCGUCGCUGGGCUAUGGUGAGGGACGAUGUGCUGCUCUUCUUUGAGAUGAAGCAGGAUGCCAUUAAACAAGGCUGGCUAGACAAGAAGAGCAGUGGAUCAGGGACAUUGGGGAGGCGCAAUUGGAAGCAGCGCUACUUUGCUCUCCGUGAGAAAACCUUGUUCUACUAUGCUGACAGUGACUUGGCUAAUGCCAAACCCAACGGUGCCAUCGAUCUCAGUGACGUCAGUGCAAUCAUCGAAGAUGGUGGUUCAAGAGAUCACGUGUUUGGCAUUGUGACCCCGGAGAGAACCUUCCAUCUCACUGCUCCAGAUGCUAAUGAGAAGAAAGAUUGGUGUGAGGUGAUCCGCCGAGUACGUAGCUUGCCUGAGGCUAAAGUGAAGAGUCUACUAGCACAGGAGGUGGACCCACGAAGUGCCCUACUCUCCCUCGACAUAGAAACCAUUGACUCGGUGUCUGCUCUCGACCAGGAGAAGAGGCCUAAUAGUUUCGUAGUUUACACGUCGACUAGAAUCUUUGACUUUAUGGCAGACAGUCCGGCAGAGAUGCACAUGUGGAUAGGAGCACUCUCUCCUAAGAAGUUCAGUCUUGGUGAUGAUGAUGUCAUUAGUACUUGCCUGGCCAAAGGUUGGCUCAUUAAGGAAGGUCGUAUUCGUCGCAAGCGUUUCUUUGUGCUCACGGAGAAGUUCCAGUUGCGUUACUUCAAGAGUGAGGAUACUCGACAACCUGUUGCCGGGACCAUUCACUUGAACUGCUUAUGUGCCAUUGAUCCAUGGGAUGAAGAUGAGGUCAGAGAGAAUGGUGUCUACACGUUCAAGCUGCAUGCCCGCAAGUCUACAGUCUCCCUCUCAGCUCGUACGGUGGACGAUGCCAACGAGUGGAUGUUGGCUAUACAGGACGCCAUCGACAGCACCCCCACGGUCCAGACCAUCACUGAGAGGCUAAUCCUCGAGAUUAUCAAAAGUCGCAAAUCAGAUUGGGAUAAGAUCUACAAGAGGAGCAAGGCUCUGUGUCGAACGUCCAAUCCGAUUAAAGCACCACUCCUGGCCCUCCCCUAUGGAAAACCACCACUACUAAAGGAGAAAGAGGAUCGCUAUGGUACCCGUCAUCAAGAGGCUGUCAAGAUAUUCAAUGCUCUUCUCUCUCAGGAUAGUUUAGCUGACCCCAUCAAACAAGUGCAGGAGGUCAUUCAGAAGUGCUUCGAUAUGCAGGACCUGCAGUCAGAGGUGUUUUGUCAGCUGAUCAAGCAGACGGCUGGCAUUAGUGACGAUGAGGUGGACACUCCGGGUGUGCUGUCAUGCUGGCAGACCAUGGCCUGCAUGUGCUGUACCUUCAUCCCUGAGAGAGCCAUCAAGAGAUACCUGGUCAUGCACAUCAAGAAGACCAUAGAGAAGUAUCCUGACACUGAGAUGUCACGGUUUGCAGGCUACUGUCAGACAAGUCUACUCAGAACCAAGAAGAGAGAUUUCGUACCAUCCAGAAACGAGAUCAUAGCCUGUCUAGGACGGAGGGACCUCAACGCCACUGUGUUCUGUUACGGUGGGGGGCAGUGCACCAUUAAUAUCAACCCCUCAACUACUGCAGGGGAGGUGGUUCAGAAGUUGAGUCUUGGUCUCCAGAUUUCCCGGGAGAACAACAUGUUUGCUCUAUUUGAGGUGGGAGGAAGUGAGUCGAAGGUCAUUGACGACAGAACCAUCCUCGUCGACAUUCUAGGGAAGUUUGAAAUGCACUAUCUUGAUUCGGUUAAGAACAUUCAGAGCGGAGUUGCUCCAGAGAAAAGAAAACUAUUCUUCAAAAUGUUCUGCUUCAUCAGACCUCAAAACGUACCCAGUGACAGUAUCGAGAAUGCCUUUAUGUUUGAACAGUUUUGUGAUGACGUGGUGUCUGGUAGGUUCCCAGCCAGUCAAGAGAGGCUUGUCAAACUGGGCGCUCUCAGAAUGCAGUUCUUAGAGGCAGACUACAAGACAGGAGCCAUCAUAGAUGAUGUUGGAGAGGUGUUCCCAGUCUCUAAGAUUGAGAUGGAGGUCAAAGCACAGAAGGACUCCAUCUACGGAUCAACCAACUUCCACGACCAGUACUAUGCUCAAACACUGCGCGGCAAGAAGGGGAUUGGUACUCUGAGUAAGAAGUUCAAGGCCCCUGAGAUUACAGAGCAGGACAAGAUAGUGGCUACAGUGGAGGUACAGAAGAACACCGUCAAAGCAUCCAUCAUUGACCUGUGGAAGAGACUGCAGGGAGUCACCAGCAGUCAGGCUCAACAGAAGUACAUGGAGAUUCUAGCAGAGUGCCCGUCGUUUGGUUCCAAAGUGUUUGAGGCAGAGUACACUCACCAGGACCAGAGGUUCCCCUCUCAACUGUGGCUGGCCAUCAACAACAAGGGCGUCCAGAUCUACCAGAGGGGCGCCGUUGCCCCUAUCAACACCUUCGCUUACGAAUCGGUUGUGAGUUUUGGAGCCCCCGCCCCUAACGAGUACAGACUGGUGGUGGAAGGUCUGGUACCGAUAUCACUGCAAACUGCUCAAGUUGCUGAGAUUGCAAAGCUGAUGACAGCGUAUAUUCGUCUGGUGGUGGUCAGAAUGAAGUGAUAAUCCAAUUCAACAGAACAUUUUUAUGCUGAUCACACAGUUCCCUAAAACAUGAGCUAGAUUGUCUUUAGUAUAGAUCUACAUUAGUGAAUAAUUUAAUAGGAGUACAUUUUAUGUUUGGUUUUUUAUAUAAUAAUUAUAAAUCAGUAUAAUUAUACUAUUUCAUGUCGAAAGCAAAAGCUUGUUGUUGUGAAUGAUUGUUGUCAAUUCAUUUUCAUUGUUUACAGAGUCUAUUAAAUUUUGA